CAGACGGCGUCAGAGGCAGAGCUGAAAGGAGCAGAGGUUCUGCUAGGAGGGGGCCCCGGGAUGCGCUUACCCUGGUGCUGCAUUCAGGAGCAUACGACCAUUCCUGCCCUUGCAUUGCAAGAUUAACAAAGUCUUUCUGAGUAAUUCCAAAAAUACUAUCCAACAUGCCUGAAAAUCCGGCUGCAGAUAAACAGCAGGUGCUGCAGAUCCUUGAUCGUCUGCAAGCAAAACUGCGUGAGAAACGAGAUGCCCAGCAUAAUGAAAACCUGACUGUUUUGCGUAACACACUCAGGAGCCCUUUGUUUAACCAGAUACUGACCCUCCAGCAAUCCAUCAAGCAACUGAAGGAGCAACUCAAUUAUAUGCCUCCUGACUGGUCAGUAGAUUUUGAUUUUACCAAGAGAGGACUACUAGUGUUUGCUGACAAAUCAGUUGCUGCUGGAAGCGUGUGUAUGCCUCGCAGUUCACCUGAACCCAGAGCAUCUACCUUCAUUCCCAACCUGGGAGUUAAUGAAUUUAACGCAAUCAUCCAACAGAUGGCAAAGGGGAGACAAAUAGAAUCGAUAAAGAUUGAAAAGCCUUCUGUUGGAGGUCUUGGAUUUAGUGUCGUUGCCCUUAAAAAUCACAGCUUGGGAGAAGUUGGUAUCUUUGUCAAGGAAGUCCAGCCAGGAAGCAUAGCUGACAGGGAUCAAAGACUAAAGGAAAAUGACCACAUACUGGCCAUUAAUUGCACCCCAUUGGAUCAGAACAUUUCCCAUCAGCACGCUAUUGCACUCCUCCAGCAAGCCACAGGAUCUUUACAUCUGGUUGUUGCUAGGGAGCCAGUUCAAGGAAACAGCAGAACUUCGUCUCUCUUAAUAAGUGAUAUAAAUCCACCUGAGACCAUUCACUGGGGCCAUGUUGAAGACGUUGAGCUGAUUAACGAUGGCUCGGGAUUAGGCUUUGGAAUUGUAGGAGGAAAGACGAGUGGUGUAGUUGUAAGAACGAUUGUUCCUGGGGGAUUAGCAGAUCGGGAUGGGAGGCUCCGAACGGGAGAUCACAUCUUACAGAUUGGAGGGACCAACGUGCAGGGAAUGACCAGCGAACAAGUUGCACAAGUGCUGAGAAACUGUGGGAAUUCUGUUAGGAUGAUAGUUGCAAGAGACCCCAAGUGUGAAAUUACGGACAGUCCGCCAGCUCCUGUGAGCUGGCCCGUUAGUACGUUACCUCCCUUUCAGAAUGGAAACGAUAAUGCCAACCUUUUUGAGACCUAUGAUGUUGAACUUAUAAAAAAGAAUGGGCAAAGCCUGGGGAUAACAAUUGUUGGAUAUGCUGGCACAUGUGAUGUAGGUGAGUUCUAACCUUCAGGGAUUUUUGUGAAAAAUAUAAUUCCUGGUAGUGCUGCUGACCACAACGGCCAAAUUCACGUUCAUGACAAAAUUGUUGCGGUUGAUGGAGUUAAUAUACAGGAUUAUACCAACCAAGAAGUGGUGGAGGCGUUGCGUAACACAGGACAGGUUGUACGCCUUACCUUGCUUAGAAGGAAACCUUCUACCAUUUCUUCAGAAAGAUGCUCAGAUAAAGGUAAUUCUCAUUUUUUAGCCACCCCUUCGCCAACUGUUCCAGCCUUAGUAUCCCCUGGAGCUGUAGGGACUGAAACUAGUGUGGACAGUAAGAAUGAGGAAAUCCAAAAACAGAAGGAUAAUUUUCAGACUGAAAAGAAGCAGAGCCUACAUAAAUCAGGAAGAGUCCCAUUUCCUCCAGCAUAUGAGCUGAAAUCCAAGUGGGAAAACCUGCUGGGACCUGAAUAUGAAGUUAUGGUUGUGAAUGUGGAUAUGCCCAUCACGGAUGACUCAGAACUCCAGAAGUACUCAAAGCUAUUACCCAUCCACACUUUGAGAUUAGGAGUUGAGCUUGACACGUUUGAUGGGCAUCAUUACAUAUCAUCAAUUGCUUCAGAUGGUCCUGCUGCAACACUUGGUCUUCUGCAACUGGAAGAUGAACUUCUAGAGGUAAAUGGAGUUCAGCUGUAUGGAAAGUCACGCCGUGAGGCAAUCACUUUUCUGAAAGAAGUGCCACCUCCAUUUACGAUGGUUUGCUGUCGGCGACUUUUUGAUGAUGGCAAUGAGUCUCUUUUGGAUGAACCCAUUGUGGGAGUUUCACCUCCAGAACAAAAGGUAGACUUCUCAUGUCAUUCAGAAGACAUUAAUCCUGAAGAAGAAGGGGAAUUAGCGUUAUGGUCUCCUGAUGUGAAGGUUAUUGAACUAGAGAAAGACAAAAAUGGCUUAGGAUUCAGCAUUUUAGACUAUCAGGAUCCCUUAGAUCCAACAAGAACAGCCAUUGUGAUCAGCUCUUUGGUGGCAGGUGGAGUAGCUGAACGUGGUGGUGAGCUUUUACCGGGUGACCGCUUGGUGUUUGUCAAUGAGAAGUAUUUGGACAGUGCAACUUUGGCAGAGGCAGUGGAAGUUUUGAAAUCUGUGCCGCCAGGAAGAGUUUCUCUUGGAAUCUGCAAACCUUUGGUGGGAGAAAGCAAAGAGGAACAGAACAUGCACGGUGUGGAUACCAGAAGCGUUAAACCCAGCCCUGGAUCUCCAGAGCCAACAGAUAAUUUCUCAAUAAUACUUGAAGCACCACAGGGCUUCAGAGAUGAAACACCUUUUAAAGAAGAAGCUGUUGAUGAACCAAUUUUGGACUUGGGAAGGUCAUUCCAGCUUUCUAAAAAUGACAAUGAGUACGAGAAGGAGUCCUGGGAGAUGCGUGAAUUUUGGAAACCCAGAACAGAAGACGUGGAUGAGGAACGGGAGAUGUUGGUAGAUGAUGUGUAUGAAGACCAUUUAGACUUCCUGAAAUACAGUGCCUCGUAUCGGCAGGAAGCAGGCUCAGAGAAGAACCUCAAUACAGACCAAUGGGCUGAGAAACUUGAGGCAGCUAAAACACAAGACUUCAGAUCUAGUGUUAACUUAAGUCCUGAGCAGUCCCUGGAAUACCCAUUCAGUAAGGAGCAAAUGUAUGAAGAAAAUGCUAGCGUAAGUUCGCUGUCUUCUGGAACUACAGCACGCAGCAGCCAUCAAAAAGGCAGAUUGGAUACUGAAGCUACCCAGUCAGGAACAGAAAAACAGAUGGAUUUAGGUACAAAGCUUUGGAUCGACUCUAAAGUAACUGGGCUUGCUGUUGACCUAGAAGCUAUUGAAAAGGAAGAACUAAAAGGGGAGGAUUUUGUUUUUUGCAACAACCAGCAAUCUGGGAGAGUUACCACCUUAGCUCAGCCCAGAACAGUGUCAUACAGUGAACUGCCUGAGAGAGAAGAAGGAGAAGGAGAAGAAACUCCAAACUUCAGCCACUGGGGACCACCACGGACUGUUGAGAUCUUCAGAGACCCACAUGUGUCUCUUGGAAUCAGUAUUGUUGGUGGACAAACUGUCAUAAAGCGCCUGAAGAAUGGAGAGGAACUUAAAGGGAUCUUUAUCAAACAAGUUUUGGAAGACAGCCCAGCAGGAAGAACAAGGGCUUUAAAAACUGGAGAUAAAAUACUAGAGGUUUCUGGGAUAGACCUACAGAAUGCCACACACGAGGAAGCAGUAGAAGCUAUCAAGAAUGCGGGAAACCCUGUUGUGUUCGUAGUUCAGAGUCUGUCUAACUUACCAAAAGUGGUUUCUGCUGUACAGCCUAAGGGAGUCAAAGUCAGCAAAGAUCAGGAUGCAAACAAAGAAAAUAAGAGUGAAAAGAGAAAGUAUGGGGCUCCACCUCCGAUGAAAUUGCCGCCUCCUUAUAGAGCACGUGAAAGACUGCCCUCGGAGGAAGCUAACGUGGAUGAAGAGGAGGAAGAGCCUUCUGCAGAGAAAAAAAUCAGGCAAAGAUAUGCAGAUCUACCGGGAGAGUUGCACAUUAUUGAGCUCGAGAAAGACAAAAAUGGGCUUGGACUGAGCCUUGCUGGCAACAAGGACCGAUCUCGUAUGAGCAUCUUUGUGGUUGGGAUCAAUCCAGACGGACCUGCAGGACGAGAUGGGAGGAUGCAUAUUGGCGAUGAGCUUCUAGAGAUAAACAAUCAGAUAUUGUAUGGAAGAAGUCAUCAGAAUGCUUCUGCAAUAAUUAAGACUGCCCCAUCAAAGGUCAAGCUAGUUUUCAUACGAAAUGAAGAUGCCGUCAAUCAGAUGGCUGUUACUCCUUUCCCAUUGCCUUCCAGCUCCCACUCUUCUAUUGAGGAUCAUGGUGGCGCCGAAACUGGAAGCAGUGAAGAAGACCCAAGUCUGGAUGUUGUCAUGAAAAGCCUGACUGAUGAGGAAUCCAAUAAAGCUGAUGUGAAAUGUAAAGCUGACAAACCAAUAUUGGUGGAUCUGUCGGAAGCAGAGGAGCAGCUCCCAGAAAAUGUUCUCAACCAGAUCAAGCAAUCUAAAUCUUCAACAAAUGUACCCGUCAACUUGCAGGAGAUACCCCUGGUGUCAGCACCUACUUAUCUUCCUCCAGACACAGAAGUCACCAGCCGCAGUGUCUUUCCACCUCUGUUGCCUGUGGAUCCAGCAACAUGUCCUAUUGUUCCUGGGCAAGAGAUGACUAUAGAGAUAUCUAAGGGUCGGUCAGGGCUUGGACUCAGCAUUGUCGGAGGGAAAGAUACUCCCCUGGAUGCCAUCGUGAUCCACGAAGUUUAUGAAGAAGGGGCAGCAGCCAGAGAUGGCAGGCUUUGGGCCGGCGAUCAAAUCCUUGAGGUGAACGGGAUCGAUUUGCGGAACGCCAACCACGAAGAAGCUAUCACUGCGCUGAGACAGACGCCUCAGAAGGUGCAAUUGGUUGUUUAUAGAGAUGAAGCUCAUUACAAAGAUGAAGAAAACUUAGAGAUUUUCCAUGUAGAUAUUCAAAAGAAAACAGGCCGGGGACUAGGGCUCAGCAUAGCUGGAAAACGAAAUGGAAGUGGAGUGUUUAUCUCUGACAUUGUUAAAGGAGGAGCUGCAGACCUAGAUGGAAGAUUAAUUCAAGGAGAUCAGAUUUUGUCUGUUAAUGGAGAGGAUAUGAGAAAUGCCUCACAAGAGACUGUUGCCACUAUACUUAAGUGUGCCCAAGGCCUAGUGCAUCUCGAGCUUGGGAGGUUGCGAGCUGGAUCGUGGCUGUCAGCACGGAAAACAUCCCAAAACAGUCAGGCGAGCCAACAGAGUGCCCACAGCCAUUUCCACCCCGCACUCGCUCCGGUCCUCUCUACCUUGCAGAAUUUUGUCAGCACAAAAAGGUCUUCAGCAGAUGUGUCUCAGAGAAACUCAGGAGCGGAUACGGGCCCAAGGACUGUGGAGAUAACAAGGGGACCAAACGAUGCGCUUGGUAUCAGUAUAGCAGGAGGGAAGGGGAGUCCUUUGGGAGAUAUUCCCAUCUUCAUUGCUAUGAUUCAAGCCAGUGGUGUGGCUGCACGUACCCAAAGACUCAGAGUUGGAGAUCGGAUUGUCAGUAUUAAUGGGCAACCUUUGGAUGGGCUGUCUCAUGCAGAUGCUGUUAAUCUACUAAAGAAUGCUUAUGGGAGCAUUAUCCUGCAGGUUGUGGCUGAUACCAACAUCAGUGCUAUCGCUACCCAGCUGGAGAGCAUGUCUGCAGGAUGUAACCUCAACUCUUCUUCUGAGCAUGCUUCUGAAGAUCCUGAAGCACCUCAGCCUAAGAUUAUUACUUUGGAGAAAGGCUCUGAUGGACUGGGAUUUAGUAUUGUAGGGGGGUAUGGAAGUCCCCAUGGAGACCUGCCCAUUUAUGUCAAGACUAUAUUUGCCAAGGGAGCAGCUGCGGACGAUGGCAGACUGAAGCGUGGCGAUCAGAUUUUAGCAGUUAAUGGGGAAGCUUUGGAAGGUGUUACUCAUGAGCAAGCUGUAGCUAUUCUGAAGCGCCAGAAAGGAACUGUGACAUUAACGGUGUUAUCAUGA